UGCAACGGGCAACGUACGUAAAACAAAUAUCGUUUAAGUUUUAAAAUUCUGAAUGAAUAUUCGUAAAAGGCCGCAAAAAUGGCACGCGACAUACGCAAGUGUGCUUUUUAGCAAUCGCAAUGAAUUACGAGUUCAGCCACCUAAAGUUUGUGCAAAGUGGAGUACAGUGUAGCUACCUACUUACAAGCUCCGCUACUAUAUUUUAUUAUGAAAUAGCGUGUGUUCCAUUCCGAUACGUUACAUGAUAAGAAAUGUGAUGAAAAUAUAUUACAAUUAACGAUUGGAAGGCAAUGAGGGAUAUGGAUUUCUGAAACUGACCCACAGCUACAAUAUGCGACCACAUACAUUAACGUGUUGACAUUGCUACUCAUAAAAAGAGAUGUGGAAACCGUGGAUCGCCUGGCUACUAGUAAGCUUGCUACUACCCUCGUGCUUUCCAACCCCACAUCGUGGUCGACAUCAUUUUCCCGAACCAAAUGCUGAACCACUUCAGAUGGCAAGAGAUCCGUUCGAUCCUCAUCGAGACUCGGAAGAAUUUCGCAGGGACGCUCCAGACGAUCGACGCGAUUUUUCUCGAAGAGACUCUACUGAUGAGGACCCUUUGGUAGUUCACACGAAGAAGGGCAAAGUACGCGGUAUCACUGUAACGGCGGCUACGGGUAAGCAAGUGGACGCAUGGUUGGGUAUCCCGUACGCGCAAAAGCCGGUGGGUAACUUGCGCUUUCGACAUCCUAGACCUAUAGAAAAAUGGGAUCACAUAUUAAAUACAACGGUGCAACCAAAUUCUUGUGUACAAAUUAUAGACACUGUAUUCGGUGAUUUUGCAGGAGCCACUAUGUGGAAUCCUAAUACUCCCUUAAGCGAGGACUGCCUGUAUAUUAAUAUUGUAGUACCUAAACCGCGACCUACGAACGCGGCGGUGUUAUUAUGGAUUUUUGGUGGUGGAUUUUAUUCGGGCACUAAUACUUUAGAUGUGUACGAUCAUAAUAUUAUAGUUUCGGAAGAGAACAUUAUUCUAGUUUCAAUGCAAUAUCGAGUGGCCUCACUCGGAUUUUUAUAUUUCGGUACGUCGGACGUGCCGGGAAAUACGGGCCUUUUCGAUCAGCUAAUGGCGAUACAGUGGAUUCACGAUAAUAUUGCAGCGUUCGGCGGAAAUCCGAAUAACAUUACACUUUUCGGCGAAUCCGCCGGAGCCGUUUCCGUUUCGUUACACUUAUUGAGUCCGUUAUCGCGAAAUCUUUUUUCGCAAGCGAUAAUGGAAUCGGGAAGCGCGACGGCGCCUUGGGCCAUUAUCUCUAGAGAAGAAAGUUUAUUGCGCGGUCUUAGAUUAGCCGAAGCAGUGCAGUGUCCGCACGAAAGAGACGAUCUUACAGCUGUGAUUGAUUGUUUACGAAGAAAAGAUCCCAAGGAGUUGGUUAAUAACGAAUGGGGUACGCUCGGUAUUUGCGAAUUUCCCUUUGUACCCGUGAUAGAUGGCGCGUUUCUGGACGAAUACCCAUCGCGCGCUCUUGCCAAUAAAAAUUUUAAAAAGACUAACAUCCUCAUGGGUUCCAACACCGAAGAGGGAUAUUAUUUUAUUAUUUAUUACCUCACGCAACUGUUCCGAAACGAGGAGAACGUCUACGUUAACAGGCAAGAGUUCUUACAGUCGGUAACCGAAUUAAAUCCUUACAUGAAUGCAGUUGCACGCCAAGCUAUUGUCUUCGAGUACACAGAUUGGUUAAAUCCAGAUGAUCCUGUCAGUAAUAGGGACGCAUUAGAUAAAAUGGUGGGCGAUUACCAUUUUACGUGCAACGUCAACGAAUUUGCAAAUCGCUACGCCGAAACCGGAAAUAACGUUUACAUGUAUUACUACAAACACCGAACAAUAGCGAACCCUUGGCCAUCGUGGACUGGAGUAAUGCAUGCCGACGAGAUCAAUUACGUAUUUGGAGAACCACUAAAUCCGACCAAGAGCUAUACACCGCAAGAAGUCGAUUUGAGUAAACGAAUCAUGAGGUACUGGGCAAAUUUCGCGAAAACGGGUAAUCCUAGUUUAUCUCCAAGCGGAGCGUGGACUCCAACCUUCUGGCCGUUGCAUACUGCAUAUGGAAGAGAAUAUUUAACGUUAGACAUAAACUCUACUGCAACUGGUCGUGGACCGAGACUUAAGCAGUGUGCCUUUUGGAAGAAAUAUCUACCUCAACUAACGCAAAUGACAGCGGAACUACAAAAUUCGUUAACGAACCCGCACUGUACGGAUGGCUCCGGAAGACCGAGCUCAGUAAUAGGAAUAUUCAUCUUUUUACUACUUAUUGCAACGCAGUGGAACCACCAUUACAUCCAUUAGAAAUUAUUAAAUUUUUAGCAAAAUGUAUAUUUAACUACUGACGGCACGAUUGGUGCUUUUAGGCCGAACCAGCACCUUCUAUUAGUAAGUGUACAAAGCGUUGAGUGUUAAACGAGAAGAGAACGUAAAAAUGUAUUGUAGAUAUGAUUGUGUGUUAUGAGAAGUGAUCCGGUUUAGAUUUCGCUUUCUUUGCCAUAUAGGAUGUGCUUCAGGCUUAUAACGCCGUAGUUCUUACUCACCCGGCCUAAGACAGGUGGCUGCAAUGCGAUCGGAAUUGUAUCGCUUUUAAGAAGUCCACGCUAACGUUUUUUACAAUUAAAGGAAAUAAAACACACGUUGACAGAUUCGACUACGAAUAGACAGACUGAAUAAUCUGCAGAGGUGACGGAGUAUGCUUCUUAGCAGUUCAAUAUUAGGGCCUACUUCUUGUUACUAGCACACUGUCACUAUUAGUCUUAGGGCUGUGCAUCCGAUGACAUCGGAUUUUCAAAGCUUUUGUAUUAACGAGGUCAAUAUUUAAAUAUAAUGAAUAAUCUCCCCGAUAUCAUCAAAACUACACAUUUUAGUUCGUCUUAUUUGUGAAAUGUAAAUUUCUUCAUCGCCAUUAUCCUACCUACCAUCGUGAAGUAUUUUAUGUUCGUUCUCUUGCCAUUCACUUUUUAAAAUAUUUAAAUUAGAAACGAAUAUAUUGAAAUGAUGUAUAUUUUGUUAAACACAUCAACGUAAAUUUCCCCAACGUAUCGGAAAAACAUGCUUUUCAGACGUUCCAUUUGCUACUACACUACGAGCGUUCGCUGUUGCGGAAUGAUACUUAAUUUUCUAUGUUGUCCUAUUUGAAACAUGAAAGUAUUAUGUCUUCCACGAUCAAAAGGUGUAUGAAUUUGAAAUUAAGCUCGUUUCUUGGGUGCCAACAUUCUGUGAUGCAAAACUCCUCGUUAUUGUACUACAUAAUAGACUUAAAUAUUAUUCAAAACCUCGUUUGGAUAAAGGAAAGCAAUUAUUUGAGUAACCAUUUAAAGCUCGACAGAUUAAAAUAACACGUGCUUUCCGAUGAAACUAUAUAGGGUAGUCUUAAAUGGAAAUCUUGUAAUUUAUAGAACCACUUGGGGAAAUCAGAACCUCAACUUUUGAGCCAAUCCCUCACCAGCUAGAUGGUCACAGUAUGUUCCUCCACUUCAUUCGUGUUACCUAAA